AAAUUUUCAUUCAAUCAAAGUUUUUUUGGGGCAAAUGAAAUUUCAGAGGAAUUCAGGGUCCUCCUCUUUCUUCAUUCUCCCUCUAAAAAAAUUUCACUCACUUCCUUUUCCCUCCAUUUUCUGCCAUCUCUCCGGCUGUUGAAUCUCUACUAAAACACGCCUUCUGUACAGAAUUUGUUUCAUUUUGCGAACUCCUCGUUCUCUCUCAUCUGAACUGAUAAAGGUUUUGGUCAUGGUUUUUCGCUUGUAUCCUGUGCCUGCUUGAUCAACCAUAUGUGCGGAUCAGCUUCUUAAUCCAAAGGUAGUAAUACCAAGUCGUUGCAUUAAAGUUGUUGUUUUCCUCUUGUCAUGGAAUUUAACUACUUGGGAUUACAAGAAGAACAUACAUUUAGUAUCCUUGAGAACUCGGGUCCUCGGCACUCCUGUACUUACAUAUAAGCAAUGGAUUGCAACAAAGAUGAGGCGGUCCGAGCCAAACAAUUGGCUGAGAAGAAGAUGGAAACUAAUGACUUUGAAGGAGCUCGAAAGAUUGUAAUAAAAGCGCAGAAUCUUUACCCAGAACUCGAGAAUGUUAAUCAGUUGCUAAGCAUCUGCGAUGUUCACUGUUCAUCACAAAAGAGUAUGCUGGGAUCUGAUAAGGACUGGUAUGGAAUCCUUCAAGUUGAAAAGUUUGCGGACGAGUCGACUGUGAAGAAACAAUAUCGAAAGCUUGCUCUUUUCCUCCAUCCUGAUAAGAACCGAUUUCCAGGUGCGGAGGCCGCUUUUAAGUUGAUUUGCGAAGCAAAUGCAGUGCUUUCGGACCCCACAAAAAAGUCUUUAUAUGACAACAAGAUUCGAGUGCCAGUUCGAUAUCAACCACAACAUCACGUGAAUAAAACUUCCCAGGCUAACAAGCAACAGGCAGCUCAGAACAAAUUUUCUCAUGUUUUUACUAGUCUGAAUCAACAGUCAAGUUCCUUCGUCAGGUCGGAAGUAUUCUGGACAAGCUGCCCAUUCUGCGUUGUAAGAUUCCAGUAUGAUAGAAAAUAUGUGAACGCAAGUAUAGUGUGCCAUAAAUGCCUCAAGAAUUUCAUUUGUUAUGAAAUAAGUCCUCACGAAAUUCCUUUGGGAACCAAGUGGGGCCCACCAAGUGCUCAACCAAUGCCUGCGCGACGUGGUGCGAGUCAAUCUGCUGCUUUUCAAGAAAAAGGGGUACCGAAUCAGAGUAAAAUCCCAAUGGGAGUUAGAAAACCCGUCGGAUCUUCAGCACCACAUGUCCAAUCUCAGGUUAAUGCCAGCGGGAAAAAGGUUAGACCAGAACCAAGUAUUCGGACAGAAAGUGUUUUCAAAAGUACCCAGAAUACUGCCAACUCUAAUGUCAAUUCUUCACAUGGUUUAAAGGAAGGUCUAGCUAGCAAUGGUGGUGCAAAAACUAGAGAAACAAGAGACGUGAAAAAUAAAAGCAAGAAGACCAAGAAGAGGGGCAGAAAGCGUGUAGUGGAAUCUAGUGAGAGUUCCGAGAGCUCUGAGAGCUCAAGCGAGUCUGACCUGGAAGAUGUGACCGAUUCUAUAAACAAUCUGAAUUCUGAACCUGGUUAUGCCCAUAUCCCGCGGAGGUCAUCUCGGAAAAGGCAAAAUGUCUCCUACAAUGAACGCAAUUUCGACGAUAUUCCUACCGCUCCCAAAGAAUCAGAAGAAAGCAAGUUAUCAGAGGACAAUAAUGGGGACGAGGUAAAAAAAGAUGUUUUGGAUGGUGAACAUUCAAAGAAUGGAAGCCAAAAUGGUUUCUCUACUGACGCAGAUUUCCCGAAGCCAGAAACUAAAGAAACGGGAACUGUUCAACCCAAUGAGAGCUUGCAAAACAAGGAUGAAGAUGCCAAGGCGAAAGCACAAGCAGACAGUAAAUCUGAUGCUAGUGCUGAUGCAAUCGAAAUCGAAAGUGAUUCUGACAUGGAUUCGGAUUCUGGCGAUAGUCCAGACACAGACCUUUGUCACUGUGACGAUCCGGAAUUUAAUGACUUCGACAAGGAUAGAGACGAAAGCUGUUUUGCUGUUAAUCAGUUCUGGGCUUGUUACGACACACAAGACGGCAUGCCCAGAUUCUACGCCAAGGUGAAGAAGGUUUCCGCUUCACCAUUUCAAUUGACCAUCACAUGGUUAGAAGCUCAAUCUGCAGAUGGACCUAACAAGGAAUGGAUAGACGCGAAGCUACCUGUCGGCUGUGGCGGUUUUAAGCCUGCGAUUACUGAAAAGACGUCACUGCGACUUUCGUUCUCUCACCAAGUGCGGUUCGAGAAAGGCACAAAGAGGAAUUCUUUAGUCAUAUACCCUAUGAAGGGGGAAGUGUGGGCUAUUUUUAAGGACUGGGAUUUGAGCUGGAUUUUUGAUCCGGAAAACCAUCAGGAAUAUAAGUAUGAAGUAGUGGAGGUGCUCUCGGAUUUUGAUGAUGGUGGCGGUGCAGAAGUUUGUUACUUGGAUAAAAUUGGAGGAUUUGUGAGCCUUUUCCAGAGAAGCAGCCAAAGCGAGAACGGCGGCUCUUUUCGAGUGGGGCCCAGUGAAAUAUACAAGUUCUCACAUCGAAUACCGUGCUUCAAAAUGACUGGCUCCGAAAAAGUAGGAGUGCCCGUUGGUUCUUUCGAACUUGAUCCUGCUUCUUUACCUCUUAAUCCCGAUGGCUUGUAUUACCCAGGCAAAGCGAAGAUGGAAAACAAAGAUAUUGCGCCCGGAGAUAAUUGUGCACCAAAAAAGAAAGGGCAAGUUCAUUAAGUUUGGGAGCUGUGCCUCGUUUUGAAUUAGAAAGGGGAAUGACGGGAGAUUUCGAAACUUGCAGUAGCGGUGUCAACGGGAAAUGAUUAUUAUUAUUAUUAUUAAUAUUAAUUUUUGGUUUCAGGUAGAUUGGGAUUACUGUUACUGGUGUUUUAGUUGCAGCAACUGUUCUAACAGAGAUGAUGAUGCCUGUUUUUGUGUUCCCCUUCAGUUAUUUGUUCAGUUGAGUUCAUUUUAAGUACAUAUGAAUGUUAUUUAAUAAGUUGGAACCCAUUUUAUUUGGAGGAGUUACUAUUUACUACCACAG